GUUCUCAAGAAGUCCGGUGUCAUCUACGGCGAGGACGUCAAGACCGUAAGUCGCUUUGCAAGCCACAACAAGCUCGAAAGAAUCUUCGCUAACCACUCGACUGCANNGCUCUUCAAGUACGCCCAGGAGAAGAAGUUCGCCAUCCCUGCCAUCGCUGCCCGCGACAACAAGGCUCCCAUCAUCCUCCAGGUUUCCCAAGGUGGUGCUGCCUACUUCGCCGGUAAGGGUGUCGACAACAAGAACCAGGAGGCUUCCAUCGCUGGUUCCAUUGCUGCCGCUCACUACAUCCGCGCCGUUGCCCCCGCCUACGUNUUCUCUUCCCACAUGAUUGAUCUGUCUGAGGAGGAGGUUGACUACAACAUCCAGACCACCAAGAAGUACCUCCAGCGCGCUGCCCCCAUGAAGCAGUGGCUCGAGAUGGAGAUUGGUAUCACCGGUGGUGAGGAGGAUGGUGUCAACAACGAGGAUGUUGACAACAACUCCCUCUACACCCAGCCCGAGGACAUUUACGAGAUCUACAAGACCCUCUCCGAGGUCUCGCCCUUCUUCUCCAUCGCCGCUGGCUUCGGUAACGUUCACGGUGUCUACAAGCCCGGUAACGUCAAGCUCCAGCCUGGUCUCCUUUCCAAGCACCAGAAGUACGUCCAGGAGAAGACUGGCUCCAAGGAUGACAAGCCCGUCUUCCUCGUCUUCCACGGUGGCUCCGGCUCUUCCGUCGAGGAGUUCCAGGAGGCCAUCUCCUACGGUGUCUGCAAGGUCAACCUCGACACUGACCUUCAGUACGCCUACACUGAGGGUAUCCGCGACUACAUGGUCGGCAAGAAGGACUACCUCAGCAGCCAGGUCGGCAACCCCGACGGUGCUGACAAGCCCAACAAGAAGUACUAUGACCCUCGCGUCUGGGUCAGAGAGGGCGAGAAGACCAUGACCAAGCGUGUUGCUGUCGCCCUCAAGGACUUCAACACUGCCAACCAGCUC